AUGGCCAACUCCACCAUUGUCCCGCUACUUUUCGGCAUCCUUGUCUGUCUCCAGGUGUCGAGCGCUGUUUCCAAGCUGCUCGUCAACGUCCCGGCGGUGAUGACGCUGAACGGCUUCCAGCAAGGUGAGGGGGGCGGCGGGCCGGCGGCGUGCGACGGCCAGUAUCACAGCGACGAAGAGUUCAUCGUGUCCCUGUCCUCUGAGUGGUUCGACGGCGGGGCACGGUGCGGCAGGCUGAUCAAUAUCCAGGGCCCUUCCAACCUUCACAUCCUUGCCACGGUGGUGGAUGAGUGCCGUGACUGCGACAACGAGGUCGGCGCGUCCGCCCACAUCUGGCGUGACUUCAAUCUUGACCCCAGCGUCGGCGAGGUGAGCAUCAGCUUCUCGGACAUCUUCGAAUGA